AUGAAAGUGUGAGUUCUUUAUUUUCUCGUCUCCCUAAAUAAUUUCAAAGAUUUUUCAGACCAGCUUUUCUGAAAAAGAAAAAGGUUCAAUAUGCGAUUCUGAUCACUGGAUUUCUUCUAACUUUAUCGCUUUUCAUUGCAAUUCUGAUUGGUAGUGUUGGAAAUUUCAUAAAUCGGGAUGAUUUUAAACCAAUUUGCGAAACGGAUAAGUGUUAUGAGCUGGCAAAUCGAAUGGCAUCAUAUAUGGAUAACUCAACUGAUCCAUGCAUUGAUUUUUAUAAAUUUAGUUGUGGAAAUUUUGAAACAGGAUUUCAAAGUAAAAAAUAUUUGCAUUUUAAUUAAAAAAAAAAGGGGGGGGGGGGUAAGACGACAAAAAAAUUUUGUCGCAAAGUUAAAAGCUCACCAAAAGUAGUAAAACCUCCAAGGGAUUUUUUCUGAAAAGGCUCAGAAAAAAUGUUCCAUGAACCAGGUACCACGUAUAACGUAUGCGUUGAAAAUAUUCCAUAAACUUUUGGACAACGUAUACGUUUGAAAAAAAGUUCAUGGAAUAUUUUUUUCGGAUCUUUUUACGCCUUCCGAGAAAAAAAUCCCCUGGGGCUUUUACUAUUCGAAGGCGGCCUUCUUUUUUCUGAGCAAAUACAAUUUUGUCGUCUUACCUCCUUUUUUAUUACAGAAACUCAUGAUAAUUAUGAAGUAGAUCGGAAAAUGUUCCGGAAACAUUUCAAUUUUUCAACUUAUAAACCGAAAACAACACCUCAAAAAAUAGCAAUGGUUUUGAUGGAUAAAUGUAUGAAAACUGACAAUGUUGAAAUUAUUGAGCAAAGUGUUUGGAAAAGUACAGAUUUGACUGAUAUUCUAGUGGAAAUUUCGAAAGUUUCGAUUGGAAAAACACAUUUUCUGAAAAAUGAUAUCAACAUGUGGUCAUUUGGAAAUAGUUUGGAGAAUGUUUAUCUAGUUUUGAGUUUGGAAAGUGGAAUAGACGAGGUAACUAUUUUUUAUUUGAUUGGGCCCCUCAUGUCGUGAAAUGUUUUAGAUAUACAAAGAUGAAUACAACAAAAUCCUCAACGACAAUCCGAUUUUGAAAACUGAAAAACUAGGAAAAAGUGAUGGAACAACAAAUCCAUUUCCAUUUCUUGAUAUCAAAAAAUACUUACGCGAAGUGCUUCCCCAAUAUGCAAAAGAUACUAAAUGGUCUUUGCAUUAUUUGGAAAAAUGAGUUAAUGGCUCUGCAAGAACUCGUUAAUUUGAAAGGAGUUGAAACCAUUCGCGAUGAAUUGAAACCGUUGUACAACAAAGUUCUGGGAAAAUAUGUUGUUGGGAAAAAUGUGACUGGAAAAGAACGAGAUGAGCAAUGUUUUGGAAAAAUUGAAAAAAUGUUUCCUGGAACUUUCGCAAUGAUUUUCGCCGAGCAAUUCGUACCAAAGGAAAAUUUGAAAAGAGCAAAGGAAAAUCUUAAAGAAUUGAAAGAAGUGUUUCGUGAAAUGAUAGAUGAAAAUGAUUGGAUGGAACAAGAAUUGAAAGAUGGAUUUAAAAAAGAGGCGGAUUUGAUAGAAGCAUCGUUUGGAAUUCCGGAAGAAUAUGAAGACAUGGAAAAUGUUGAAAAAAUGUAUGGAAGUGUGCAAAAAACGAAACCAGCUGAGCAACAAACAUAUUUAGAACUUGUUCGAAAUUUGUUGAAAAUGAAUGCUGAAGAAACAUUUUUGAGAAUUGCGAAAAAAGCAGAUAUAACACUUCUGGCGGGCCCACUCAUUGCGAAUGCAUAUUUUCAUUAUGCUUCUCAUAGAACUUGUGAGUUGUUUUCUUGGAAAAGCUAUUGUUGUCAGCUCUCAGAGUUCAUACUAAAACUUCGAGGUUUCCAGCUUUCGGGUUGGUUUGGAUGAUAUAUCCAAAAAUAGAUAUGGACUUACCAAACUGGAAUACAAUCGUAGAUUUUUCAUCUAUUCUGGGACAUGAAAUGGGACACUCUUUUGAUGCGCAUUACUUUGAAACAAAUGAACUUUUCGGAAAACAUCCUAUAAGUCCAAAAACUCGAGAAGAAUUCAAAAAACGAGUUGAUUGCUUCAUUGAAAAAUACAGUAAAUAUAAAUUUCCCGAUGGAACAUUUUCAAAUGGAGAAAAGACUAAAGGAGAAGAUACAUCUGUUAAAUAGGAUUUGAUUUGGCCAUAAGAUUAUUUAAGAAAUUGUUAGAUGAUAGAAGACAACAAAAAUUACCGGUUAUUGAUCAAUAUACAGUCGAACAACAAUUUUAUUUGAGAUAUUCUUAUGUAGGUUCUCUUAAAAUUAAGUUUUUCGGAAAAAUUAAAAUUAUUUAGAUGAAAUGUAGUAGAAAAUAUGAUAAGUCAGACAUCGAAAGCGCAAAAAACGACACCCAUAGUAUUUAUGAAUUUCGAGUCAAUGGAGUUUUGUCGAAUUCGGACGAUUUUGCAAAAGCUUUUGGAUGCGCUAAAAAUACGCCGAUGAAUCCCGAAAAGAAAUGCCCAUUGUACUAA